AUGGACCUCAAGAUUCUCAGUACCACCGUCAACGACGUCUUUCUGAAUCCUCAGGUGCGAUCCGAGAAUGAAGCGCCCGAGGACCACGAACCUGCCAUUGUCCAGAUCAUCAUCCAGCUGAGCAUCCCAGCCAAGUACACACCUCCAUCGAAACUCAUCGGUCUCACAGCGAGUCUCAUCGGCUAUGAAUCGAUUGGAUUUCCAAAAGGCGGCUUCGAGCAGAACCAGCCAUACUACAACAAAAAGACGAUCGACUCAGCCACCGACCUCAAACUCGAAGCCGGAUCCAUCUACCAAUUCGAAGUGUCGUUCAGCGUCGAUCACAGUACAGCGCCAUACCAGCGAUGCAAGUAUGGAAGGCACCACCAGAAAGUGCAGGUCAAAGCGACCUUCCCCGGGCUCAUCGGCAAGAAGACGCUGACGGCAGAGAAGAACCUCUUCUUCAUCCAGACUGUCGCUGUCACGGGCUUUUUGCCGUAUUACCACGUUCAUCGAUCCGCAGAAGAGGCGCUAGGCCCGAUCUUUCUGGGUGUGCGAACACAGCAUCUGACCGUGGGAGGGUAUUUGCGCAUCACAUUUUCGCUCGAUAGUCCGAGCCCUACUUUGAAGCUCCACUCGCUCAAGAUGACCUUGUUGCAGCAGACAACACUCAAGUCUCGAGUGCGUCGCAACUACACCGAACAUCCUCCAUCGGAACGUUUUACGUUUUUCGAAGCCGGACCCGAAGAGCUCAAGAAGUGUCUGCCGGGUUCUUCCGGUGAAGCAGACCUCGAUGGCUUGCUCGCCCUCGCGCAACAACAGCCGCCACCAGAAGCGGCCCCAUCCGGUUCCUCGUCAUCCAAUCCCGCAAGCAAGUCUCCUUUACCUCCAGGACAGUGCAACUGGGUGGCACGUAUACCGAACGACUCUGAGGCGCGAGCUUCUACGCUGCCCGGCAGCGACUGUGCGAUUCAAAUGGCGCACGGACUUGAGCUCGCCAUCCAGUACUCUGACCCGUCGCUGGGCGACUCGGACGUGCGAACGUACCGCACUACGUGGGGGAUGAUUCUGCCGUCAUGUGCGUGUCGCUGGCAGUCCAUGCGCUUGCCGUCCUACACGCCCGAAGACGCCAACCCGGUGCCGAAGGUCUCGCGCGACUUUUGGGCGGGGCGCAACGAGCACGAGUCGUUCACCCAGUGCGUGUGCGGCGAAGACCUGGAGCAUCUGCUGGAGAUGGAGGGACAAGCGGCAUCGGAGAGCGAGGUGCAGGCGUCGUCUGCCAUCUGGCACGACAUGCUGAGCCAUCGACUUGAACAGCGGCUUUUGCGGAGUGGGUUGGGUUCGCGCAGUGCCUCGUGCUCACCUGCUCUCUCGCGCAUGGCGUCACGGCGGGGAAGCAUGGAAGAUCUGACCAACUCGGCGAGCGCUGGUGGCAGUGGUGCCUCGACGAGCUCCACGUCGCAAGAGCGAGGCAGGCGGACUGGACGCAGCGCCACACCGCCCCAGGCAUCCUCGCGUGCUCCCUCAACAGCCACGGAGGAAGGCGUGCGUUUCGGGCUGAUGGAGGCCGAGGAUGAGAUCGAAUUCGAAAUGCAAGCGCGCGACGUGCUGCACGAUCUCAACCUGGACGCACAGGACUACCAGCGAGAAUGGGAUAGGCUCAACGAGAUGCGCCAGCGGAGGAACAAGGCGCGCAACGAGUAUACCUCGGUACCGCCAAGUCCGAGCCAGGGCGGCGAGAGGCGGUUCAGAUCGCAGUCGGCACAUCCUGCGCUCCGGCUGUUCCAGAAGCGGUCGGCCAGCAGUCAUAAUAGCCGCGCCAGCAGUCGGAGCAACAGCAGGGCACCCACUCCGCCGCCGCCGGCGUCGUCGAAUGCGACGUUGGAGGAGUCCCUAGCCCAGAUGGCGCUUGACGAGAAGCGCUAG